AUGACUAUCGUUUCGCGAAGCCCAAAGACGUGGCCAUACGCGCAGAGUUCGUCACAGGACUCCGUUGGAAAGUUAUUAGGGACACUACACCCAGGGCUGCUGAGCGACAUCCUCUGUUGGGAGGCCAAGGGGGAGGCCCGGAGGUUAUUCGAGAGCAGCCUCAAAAAAUCCAUCCUCGACUACUUGCUCGAGCACAGCGACAAAGCGCAAGAGUCUGGCAGCUAUCUUUCCAUCCCGUUGUUUAUGGUUGGAAAGCGACCAAAGCGAGCAAAGCCUGUUGUCAUGCUCGUGUCGGACGAUAAAGUCGCCCGCAAGGAAGCGUAUGAUUUGAUUCUUCACAGCGACAUCAUGGCUAAAUACCCGGGCUUCGAGCUUGGGCACUCAGAUUUUGAAAAGCUCAUGGCCUGGGCCGGCGACACCGUCUCCGUUUUCUCGUUACAGCAAGAAGGCGCUUCAGAUUGUUAUCGAUUAAUCUCAGGCCAAGAUAUCUCAGACAAAGAGGUCUCAGGCAGGAAGAUUCUUGCCGGUGCCAGCCUAGGAGCUCUGAGGACCGAGUCUAUCACGAGAGCCCACAACGCAUAUGAAGAUCGCUCCGGAGACGGUGACGCAUCUCCCAAUCGCAAUUCCGCGCCCAAACAAGGUCUGGGCCUUGCUGCAGCUGCCCUCGCCGUAGCUGGUGCCGCAAAGUAUCUCCAGGCUGGCAAAGUCGAAAAGGAAGAGGGACGCCGGGGCCGCAGCCAAAGCCGAGGCUAUUAUUCCUCGGGCGAUGAACACUCAUCUUCUCGUUCACGCUCACGCUCACGCCGCCGGCAGCGUAGCAUUUCUGUCUCAGACAAGGCCGCAGUUGGCCUCGUCCAGCAUUUCCGCAACAAGUCCAGGACACGAUCCCAGUCGCGAUCCGAAUCACGACUUAGAAGCGGAUCUCGCAGCAAGUCGAUGCUUAAGCGCAGCAUUUCUACGUCAGCCAAGCCAGGCUCGAUCCGAACGGCCACUGCUGGUGGUGUUGUAAGCCAUAUGGGCAAACACAUGUUGCUUAGCAUCAGCCAUUUCUUGAGAGAUUCACCAUCGAUCGAAUCACCGGCGCAUAAGUUCGAGGCGAGCCAGAUCAGCGACUGUGAAAUAACGGGCCUGGGCGAUUUCGACGAUGACGACGACGAUGAUACAGACACGGAUUUUGUUGAAACUGUGAGACAGGGCAGCGUUUCGGACGUAGACGAGAGUAAAGACUCCGAGAUGGACGACUCGUAUCCCCCUACUUCAGCCUCUGAAAGCGAUAGAAAUUCUCAGAGGCGACUCUCUAUUUCUCCGCAGGAACCCAGCUCUCCGGAAGGGCGGCUAAUCGGCAAAGGCAACCCUGUUAUCUGCAGUGAAGAGUUCGACUAUGCCCUCUUCGAAGUGGACAUGAACUCUCCCUCAGAGUCCUUACUCGACAAGGCAAUUUCCCUUACUGAUCUCGACAAGAUCGAGUCUGGCCCCCGCAACACGGCCGUCAAGACUGUGGCCUCAAACGGUAGAGUCGUCCAUGGACUCAUGUCGGAGGAUACACUUCCCGUACGGCUUCCUCACUCUAAAGAGUUCACCGAGGUAUAUACCGCGAUAUUCUUUGGGUCACUCGGCCCCGGAGACUGUGGAGGCUGGGUCAGAGACAAAGCAACUGGUCGCCUCUUUGGACACGUCUUUGCAGGCAAUCUCUCCAACGGCUUGACUGCCAUUAUGCCCGCCAAACUUGUUUUCGAACAUGCUCGAGCUCAGUUAGAUGAACAAUUUGCAUUGAAGGCGCCUCAGAAUCAACAUGCCGAAUUCAGCUUCUCUGCACUGAAAGAUAAAAUUGAAUAUUACUUCUCUAUUGAAAACUUGGCUGGGGAUCGAUAUCUCCGCGCGCGAAUGGACUCGCAAGGCUUUGUGCCUUUAUACCUCAUUACCUCUUUCAAGGGUAUGAGACAGCUCACAGACGAUAUUGACAUAGUUCGUGCGGCUUGUGAGUUCUCUGUUGAACUCGAUUUCGCCGUUGGCGAUGAUGGCAUCGAACGCGUGCGACGAAGCCAGGGGUGGGAAAGCUUCGUGUUGCCUCUCGAGGACCGGGAUGAGUCUGCUCGAAAUCAUGGGCCAGCCUACCUUGCUUUCAAGAAUCGGCAACUGAAGCCCCAUCAUAAGCUACAAGAACUCAAGCAGUCGACAUUGCAGAGCAUGGAUGACGAUAAUGACAGCACCUAUAGCUCUAGCUCUGUGGCAGAAAUGCCGCUGUCACUUCCUAGUGGCACCUCCAAUAUCUUUGGAUCAAACGCCUACAAUCCUACCGGGAAAGAUAAACUCGUCAAGAAAUAUGUCUGCCGAGAUCCAACCGCCGCAGGUCUUUAUUCCGACGUAAAGCCUGAUGUUCCACUCUCUCAGUGCCCAGAGUGUUCGUCUGGGAAGAAGUAUAAUGCAUAUUACAUGGCAGCAGACCAUCUUCGGCGGAGACAUUUCCAACGGCAUUAUCAAGAGACACUCAUCAACAGUAACAGCAGGGUCGUUCGUUUAUCGUCAGCUGUGUCGGAUCUCCGGCUAUGGACUGAGGAAGUUUUUGUGAAGAUGGAUGGGCCUCUUGGCUCAUCCAUUGUAGAGGUUACUGAAGAUGAAGCGUCACAUUCAACCGAGAAAGUUUCCCCUUCUCACGACGUCGAUUCAACUGAGAACGUUUCCCCUUCUCACGACGUUGAUUCAACCGAGAACGUUUCCCCUUCUCACGACGUUGAUUUAACCGAGAACGUUUCCCCUUCUCACAACGUUAAUUUAACUAAGAACGUUUCCCCUUCUUAUGACGUUAAUUUAACUGAGAACGUUUCCCCUUCUCACGACGUCGAUUCAUCCAUCCCAUCAUUUCAGCCUCUGACAGAUGCGCCCUUCCCUUAUUCUAGUAUUGAUCGUGUCGAGCACUUUGCAACACUCUAUCCAUCCUGGGAGAUACAGUUACCUGGGCUCAGCUUCUCACCACAUUCAGUCUCGACGGCGACUCCCAGCUCAGUUGCCAAUUCUCCUUACCAGUUAUAUAAUGUUGGUUCUCAUGGACCACAAUCACAAUUUCAGGUUAUUAGAGACGCGUUAGAUGAAGUUCCCAGUUCGACCUUCGAUCCUAUUCAAGGGCAUGAGUUAUAUCAAUUGUUGUAUCAUGGGGAUCCCCUUGCACCAACAUUUGAUAAACCACUUGAGGGAUCAUCGCCAUCUCUCUUACCGCCCUCAGCGGCGUACGCGCCAAAGCCGUCAGCCACUCCCGAUUACCCACAUGCACUUUACGACGCAUCUUUCUCCCCGUUAACGUCCCCAGUUCUCACCUCGCCCGAUUAUCCCCCAGUUCCAGUCGCUGCGAUGACGAUGGAUGAAAUAAGCUCAUCAAUAGCUCCUAUUCUGAAAUCGCGACAAGCCAUCGCUCGCCGUUCAAGCGGACGCCUGAGCAAACUCCUGGGCGGACACUCAAGCUCAGAUCAGAGGCGCAAAUCAUCCACGUUCUUAUGCACCCUCUGUAACGACCAUCCAGGUGGCUUCCGAGGGCCUCACGAGCUCGAUCGUCAUAUGCGUCGACAUAAUAGCAACAAGAUGACGAAGAAGUUCAUAUGCCGCGACCCGGCCUCCGUUGGCAUUAAGCCCGACGUUGAAGCCAUGAAUCCACUAUCAAAGUGCGAAGCUUGCUCGGCACAGAAGCAUUACGAUACUGCAAACGGAGCAAUAGCCCACUUAUACAUCGAGCAUAUGAGAGAUCCAUCUACUGGGAAAUUACAUGCCGUUAAAGGCAUAAGAACGUUGACGGAACAGCUGAAGGAUUGGUGUUGUGAGGUGCAAGUCGAUGGAAAUGGGCGAAUACUAACUCAAGCUGGCGAUACAAAUGCAGCACUGCAGGCCAAGGAGGGGGAUAUUUCCGAUUUCCUAACGGCUCUAGACAGCAAAAAGACUUUGGAGUCAUUCGCGCCAGGUAGGAAAGGAGAAUCAGCAACGAGCAGAACGGUAGCUCAGCUGUCCAAGUUCCACCUGAUGAGGGAGUCUAACAACGCUUUGACCGAGUCGAUGACUUCUUCAAUGCAGCUUGAUAGUUCGUCAACUGUUUCAAGCAGACAGCCCGCAAACUUGACAAGCAUCAGUGGAACGAUAUACACUGCGAGUGACCUUUCGGCGAUGGACUGUGACGACGACAACGAAGAUACGGAAAUGACUUCUGAUAUACCAGAGCCCUCUGGUUUACCACCAGCGGAUACCGGAGGUUUUGAUGUUCAGGAGGUCGUUUGCUCCAAUUGCUCUAGCCAAGUUAGUCAGGUUUGGCAAACAAGUCCCGAAGGAAAGCCUCUUUGCGUGGAUUGCAGAAAUCUGCCCACCUCUCAAGAUUCUGUACAACCAUCGCAUCCAGAGAUGAACCUUCUCUCUUCCACUUCUGCCGCAGCUCAUCGAGAGCGAAAAGCUCAAGGAGAGCGAGAUCACGCCCCGUUUGGAGGCAGAAGAAGCUCCAGCCCUCCCUUUCCCCCUGGCCGCCCUACUGUUGUCAGCAGCGGAGACAUCAAUGGUACAGCCAACGCUCCGCAACAACACCAGCGCAGCAUUAAGCGGCCAAGGCGUGUUACUGCGUGUAUCGAGUGUCGGAAGCGCAAGACGCGAUGCGAUGGUCAUUAUCCUUGCUUGUCGUGCCAGAUGGCGAACCGUCUCUGCGGAAGAGCGUCCAACCAGGACUCGUUUAAACAGUCCGCAAGCUCAGACACAGAGGGAGCUGAAACUCACAUGGCACCCCGGGCUCAGGAAAACAUCAGCAAGUCGUUCGCCAACAUGGCCAAUGCCUUCAAGAAUUCUCUCCUGUCUCGGCAGCCUGAGCGGGAACUCGCCCGGAAUCGAAGUAGGUCGAUCACUAGGUCUGGCCGUAGCCAGGCUACAAACAUGGCCGAUGCCUCUUCUGCCAUUGGUAUCGGAGGCAACGCUGGUGUUCAUGACGACGUCUCGGAGCCGAACGUCCAAGCACUACAAGCCGGCUUAGCAACUACCAACGACGUCGUUUCGGAUGGUGUGCGUCACCUGAAUAUGGAUAAUUGGCCUUUGAAAUAA